CCCAACAGCAGCAAAACAAGCGCAAGGAACAGUGGCGCCCGUGAGACUGGUUUUGAAAACAAAACAAAGCCAAUCAAAACAACAAAAACAACUGAAAAAGGAAAAUUCAAUUUACAAACACCGGCACGAACGAGUCAACUUUUCAAGCCUUGCGGUCGAGGUGCUGAUGCGGAGUCGCCUCUGCCGGUCGCUCGCGUGAAGGCGUAUUGUUGUUGGCCACCAAAGCCAAGUGGAGGUCGCCAACGAAAGAAGCGCGUGCUGGCACGGCGAAGAGCGGCGAGGAGCCGGCAUGAAAGGAAAGGACACAAGUUGGAAUUUGCUGAGUUCGGUGGGCGGGGAGGAACAAACCGCAAUGACGCUCUCUCUCUCUCUCUCUCUCUCUCUCUCUCUCUCUCUCUCUCUCUCUCUCUUUCUCUCUCUCGAACCGGGCGUCUGUUCAAAAUCUGCUUACUCACGUUGACGCCGUGAUGCCUCAGAUUCGCAAUCCUCAACAGAUGGCAACGAACGGAUUUGCCUUUGGGCUGCUGCUUUUGCUGCUUUGCGUGAUCAAUCGCGUCCACUUGUCGCAAGCAGUCGAUGCUUGCACCGCGUGCAGUUGCUCGGGAAUCACCGUGGAUUGCACGAGCAAAUCGCUCGCUGAGAUUCCAACCGCAAUCCCACUCGCCACAAAGUUGCUGUAUCUGCAGGACAACCAGAUCACCAGUAUUCCUGCGUCGGCAUUGACUGGUCUGACUGCGUUGACCAACCUAGUUUUCCUUCGCAACCAGAUUACCAGUGUUGAUGCAAAUGCAUUCACAGGCCUCACUGCGCUGACUUACAUGGAUCUGUCCUACAACCAGAUGACCACCAUUCCCUCCUCUGCGUUCACAGGCCUGACUAUGUUGAACUUCUUAAAUAUCGGAAACAACAAGAUCACUAGCAUUGCCUCCUCUGCAUUUCCAGGCCUGACUGCGUUGGGACAAUUGAAUCUGGGAACCAACCAGAUCACCAGCAUUUCCGCCUCCGCAUUCGCGGGCCUGACUGCGAUGUUUUCAUUGGAUCUUCAGUCCAAUAAUAUCACCAGCAUUCCCGCUAAUACAUUCACCGGUCUCGCCGCGCUGUCUAUGUUAUACAUGCAAACCAACCUGAUCACCAGCUUUCCAGCCUCUGCAUUCACAGGCCCCACUUCCUUGGGUUUCUUAUACAUGCAAAACAACCUGAUCACCAGUAUUCCCACAGACGCGUUCAGAAACCUGACUGCGCUGAAUACCUUGGAUUUAUCCACAAACCAGAUCGCCAACAUUCCCUCCGCUGCAGCCACAGGCUUGACUGCGGUGGCACAAUUGCGACUGCACGCCAACCAGAUCACCAGCCUCGCCGCUAACGCAUUCACAAACCUGACUGCAUUGAUAGUAUUGACUUUGAGUGACAAUCCCCUGACCACAUUGCCGCCUGGUCUGUUUAAGGGCCUGCGAAAUGGUUUGUACUUGUCGUACACGUACGACCUUGCCCAGCCGCUGAGCCCCAACAACUUUACCUUUGGUGACAACACUGUCGCUCCGCCCAGCACAUACGGCACUGCAUCCACUCCAUAUCAGUGUGACAAAGCCUGCGCCACCUGCUUUGCGGCUGGGUCUGGUUCGUGUUGCCCGAACAAUUGCCUGUACUGCACUUCAACGUCUGUGUGCAGUCAGUGCAAUGACGGUUAUGUUCCAAUGGGUGGAUCGUGCGUGUCGCUCGCGUCCAUUGCUUCUGCUUCCAGCGCCUCCGUUGCUUCAGUCGCGUCCACGCAAUCUGCCUCGGUUGCGUCGCUUGUUUCCGCUACCUCAGAGCUCUCGGCAUCUGUCGCGUCCCUUGCUUCUGCGUCUUCAGCCUCAUUUGCCUCCGAGGUUUCUGCAUCGUUUGCUUCCGUUGCUACUGCCUCUUCAGCCUCAGUCGCCUCCGAGGCGUCCGCGUCGAUUGCCUCUGAUGCUUCCGCCACCUCAGCUUCUGACGCUUCCCUCGCUGCGGCGUCUUCAGCGUCAAUUGCAUCUGCUGCAGGCGCGUCGUCCGCCUCUGUCGCUUCUGAAGUUUUCGCUACCUCGGCAUCCUUUGCUUCCAUCGCGGCAGAGUCGUCAGCCUCGGUUGCAUCCCAGGCAUCCGCAUCAGCUGCCAGUGCUUCGUCUGCGUGGCAGACAUCGGCUGCAUCUGCUGCGUCCAAUGCUCCGAAAGGCUCAAGUGACUCAGAGUCAUGGCCGAUCAUUCUCGGAGUGAUUCUUGGCCUGUUAGCCCUCAUCUUGUUGGCUGCGCUGGCUGUGGCUCUUCGGCGUCGUCACGUACCAAAGUCAUUGCCAGCCAUCAGCACAACCACCAAACCACGCGAAUCUGCAUCCGCCUCAGAGCCUACCUAUCAGUCUGCUGAUCACAGCACUGUGUCGAACGUUGUGAAUCCAACCUAUGAGGCUUUGUCUGCCGCUGGCAACCAUGUUUUGUACGAGGAUGUUGGCUCGACGCCCCAGGCUCCUCCUGUCGGUUUGUCGGAACAGGUGUAUGCCGAAGCAUCUGCGGUUGCGCCCAGUUCAAUGCAAGCGUCAAGCAGCGGUGUCGAGUAUGCGCAUCCUUUGCUGCCUAACGCAUCGUCUGUUCGUGUGCAGCCCGCGUCCACACCAACCACGUACUCGGCGAUCACUGUUGUGCCAUCCGAGCAGAAGUACGAAGCGGUGUCUGCUACGCCCGCUCAAGCCUUGUACGAGGAUGUUGGCUCGCAGCCUGAAGCUUCCGCAGGUGCGUCGGAGCUGCUCUAUACCGAGGCGUCCACGGCUGGGUCUGGUGUCGUGUACGCCAAUCCUUCGCUGCCCAAUCCCUCGUCUGUUCGUCCGCCGCCAGAGUCCUCAGCAACCCCUUACGCGACAGUCGCAGCUUUGCCUUCCGAGGAGGUCGACUAUUCUUCGAUCGCAAACUAGACCAUUGUGCAUUUUCCAAUCUUGCUUGAAUGUUUGUUGUUCUCGUCUCGCUCUGAAAUCCCCAUAAAUUUCUCUUUGAUGUCUG